AUGCCGGCGCCGUCCCUACGACAGCUCUGCACGGCGACUGCUAUCAGGAACGUGAAGUAUCUUAGCGAUAUAGGCAACAUCCCUUAUAAUCUUGCUCGCCCUUUUCUUGUAAAAAUUGAAAGUCCUGAACGAUUGAGAUUAAUAGAAUCGCAAUCCCCCCAUAUUAUUGAUGACGAUGGUGAACUCUGGUACGAGUUUAUCAAACGUGAUAUACCGAAAUGGGAUCAAUACGAACUCCCUGAGUCGUUGUCCGAGUGUUCCUACGAUCUAUACUGCGACCUCCGAGAGCAGGUACAAAGAGCCGUGGAUGAGGAUGCUCGAAACCUAAAGAUGGCCCUCGACGGGAUCAGCUCGGAGCGAGCCAAGCACAGUGCCAAAUUGGUGGAGCGACGGCAUCGCGAAAAACCAACGGCCAGGCAGCGGUACGCUUCGCAUGACCGGAAAAUGGGCGGCAUCGGUCCGGUCUUCUCAGGGACGUCUAUCAGCCCCUUUGCGCGGCCCCCGCGUCCAGAGGGCAAGAAGAAAAAUAGUAUCUUUACCGCAACGAAGCGGAAUAGUGUUCUCGCCGUCCCUACGAAACAACUCAAUAAUCGAGCAUCACAGGUCCGGCAAGCGCCACGCUCGUUGAUCGAGGAACAUAGGCCCGAAGCGGCUCCGCCUGUUGCUCGUCGAAAGGCCCCUGCGACUCCAGCCUUGAGAGCGCCGGGUCGAUCAGGGCCUCAUGGUACGCCUGCCGCCAGUCUCGCUGUUCCUCCAGCCUUGCAGGAAAAGGAGGCGAGAUUACGAGCAAUAGCCUCGGAGCACCGGUCAACUUCGCAUACCUCAGGACUUACUCCGCCUAAAGCGGAAACAGAAUCGUCUUCUACAAGGACCCGCGCUGCCCUACCAAGUACGUCCAGACCUCCACCCUCGAAUGACUCUGGGCCUGCGUCGCGUUCUCCGACCAAACCAGGUGAUGCGGCUAGAACUGCACCUAGCCAGCCCAAGACUUCUCCGGAACAACUUCCACGCCCUGCGCCCGUUCGGAAAAGACCACCUCCUAGUGUCUUUGUUCAACCUAAACGAAGGAAGCUAUAA